ACCAUUAGAAUGGCGCAACCAACGACAUCUCAUAUGCUGCAACAUUGCCUGGGAAGAAAGAAACGUUCAGCCAUGGCCUCUGUUUCGAAGCUUCUGCUUCUCCUAUUGUGCAGCUACCAUUCUCUCACUGCUCAUGCACGAGAUGACCUCAGCUACAAGGUUCUUGCCACUGGCUCUGUCAAGCCUGAAGCCGUCUGCCCCGAGCCAAAAGCGGUUCCGUCUUCCGCUGGCGCAACGGUGCCGUUGCACCACCGGCACGGCCCGUGCUCCCCGGUGAACUCCACGAAGAUGCCAACCUUGGAGGAGAUGCUCCGGCGUGAUCAGCUCCGAGCUGCCUACAUCCGGCGGAAGUUCUCCGGCGCCAAGGCCGGCGCAGGUGACGUCCAGCAAUCGGAUGCCACCGUGCCGACCACACUGGGCUCCUCCCUGCAAACGUUGGAGUACGUGAUUACCGUCGGCAUCGGCUCGCCGGCCGUGACCCAGACCAUGUCCAUCGACACCGGCAGCGACGUGUCCUGGGUGCAGUGCAAACCCUGCUCACAAUGCCACUCCCAGGUGGAUCCACUCUUCGAUCCCAGCUCGUCAAGCACGUACUCUCCGUUCUCCUGCAGCUCCGCCGCGUGCGCGCAGCUCGGCCAGGAGGGCAACGGCUGCUCGAGCUCCCAGUGCCAGUACAUUGUCAGGUACGGCGACGGCUCUAGCACGACCGGGACGUACAGCUCCGACACGCUCGCUUUUGGCUCCAACGCCGUGAAGAGCUUCCAGUUCGGGUGCAGCCAGAUCGAGUCGGGCUUAAACGACCAAACUGACGGGCUUAUGGGGCUUGGCGGCGGCGCGCAGUCGCUCGUGUCGCAGACUGCGAGUACCUUCGGUAGCGCCUUCUCGUACUGCCUCCCGCCGACUCCAAGCUCUUCCGGUUUCCUCACGCUCGGCGCUGGAACUUCGGGCUUCGUAAAGACGCCGAUGCUCAGGAGCAGCCAGCUCCCGACGUUCUACGGCGUGCUCCUUCAGGCCAUCAUGGUGGGCGGGAAGCAGCUCAACGUGACCACCUCGGUCUUCUCCGCAGGGUCGAUCAUGGACUCCGGCACGAUCAUCACGCGGCUGCCGUCGACGGCGUACUCGGCGCUGUCAUCGGCGUUCAAGGACGGAAUGAAGCAGUACCCGCCGGCGCAACCCAGCGGCAUCCUCGACACAUGCUUCGACUUCAACAACCAGAGCAGCAUCAGAAUACCGACCGUCGCGCUGGUAUUCUCCGGUGGCGCAGUCGUCAACCUCGACCCGAACGGGAUAAUCUUGGGCAACUGCCUCGCCUUCGCUGAUAACGGCGACGACAGCUCCACCGGCAUCAUCGGCAACGUACAGCAGCGGACGUUCGAGGUGCUGUACGACGUCGGAGGGGGUGCCGUGGGGUUCCGGGCUGGGGCUUGCUGAUCGCCGCGCAUAAGGACAUUGUGUCACUACGGGGAGGUAGCUAGACAGGCUUCUCUCGCUGGUUGUCUUCUGUUGUCUACUUGCCCGUGGUUGCGAGGUAUGGGACAUGGAGUGGGCCAAACCAUCAAGUAUAGUACUUCGAUUUUAACUGUUUUGGUGAUUGCAACAUGAUGCGAGAGUAAGCUACCAACCAAUAGAUAAUUGUAAUCUUCCCCUGAUAUUUUAUGAAUAAAGAUUUGAUAAUAUGAUA